CAAUAGAUGACUUUUCCCAAGGAGACUCAAUAAGAAGCUCUGAGAAAGAGGAGAGUGAUGACAGUUGGCAUACCUCUGAGGAAGAAGAACUCGAUUUUACCCCCAAGAAGCUGCAGAAGCCAAACUUGACACUGUUAAUGAAUGCUUCCCAGCAGUUCAGGAAGAACAAUGAUGGUGAUGGUACUAGAAUUGAAACUCCUAAGUCACCAAAAAAAAGUCUCAAAGAAAGAAUCCCAUCAGAUGCAAACAAAGGGGACAGUGAAGAAUUGUUUAAUCAAGAUGUCUCAGCUGCAAGCAACCUGGAGGAGGAAGAAUCAGAGGAGGAGGAGGAGGAAGAGGAAGAAGAUGAUGAUGAUGAAAAUGACAAUGGAGAUGAUGGUGAUGAAGAUUAUGAGGAGGAAGAGGAGGAGGAAGAGGAGGAUGAUGAAGAUUUUAUUCAAGAUGAAAAGGAGGAGGAAGAGUUGGAAGAUGAAGGAACUCAGUCUAAUGAAAUACUGGAAGAGGAGCAGGGGAAGAAAAUGGAAUCUAAAGGAGAAAUUAAUCAGAAAUCAGAGUAUUUUAGUAAUGCUAAUUAUAAAGGGGAAGCUCGGUGUAGAACUGGAGAUGUCUGUGAUGAUGAUAAUAUGAGUAAAGAACUUGAUGAAAAGGUGGAGAAAUCUGUUGAUACUCCUGUGUCUUUCAUAGCUGGAUGUUACAAAAGGCUGCAAGAAAAUACAGCAGCAGUGUCUCCAAAGAUCAUGAAUAAUGAAGUGUCUUGCAAGACAGUGCCAAAACAAGCUGUCUUUCCGAAUCCAAAUAAUCUGCAAGAUAUGCAAGAAAGCUGGAACAGGAAAAGUAUGAUUCAAGAGAAGUAUCACAGAAAUGGUGAUUCCAGUUUUGCAGACUCUGAAAUGACAGGCUGGAAGAAAGAGGUACCUCAACCUGUCUCAGAUAGUUGUGGUCUUCAGGAGAAAAAGCCAAGCUUCAGUGAUAGCUCUGAAAGUGGUAAUAAUUCUUGGUUAGUAACAAAAACCCCAGGACUUGAAAGUGAAAGGCCAACCUCUGUUGUUCUUGAACCUGUGGAUGAUGAAGAUACUGAAGAAGAGCAAUAUGAGGGAAUAGAUAAUAAAGUCUGUGAACCGCUGGAACAAGAAAGUGAAAACUUGAGGUUAAAUAGGCAUGAAGAAAAUUUGAGAGCAAUAUUUCAUUUGAGCACCAAUGAAGAAUCACCUGAACCAGAAGGAGAGGUUGAGGAGCAGGAAAAGGAGGACAUUGUUGAAAAGCUACAAACUACAGUUGUUGAGGAUGUGAAAAAUUCUGUUUGUAGUGAUAACCAUGAAGUCCACAAUGCUUCAAAAGAUAGCUCUGGUGAGAGAAAUGAGUUAGUAAAAUUCUUCCCAGCAGUGGGAACAGAGCAAGAGGAAGAUACUGAAUCUCCCUGGGAUUCUGAGGAGGAUUCUGAAAGUCCAACAAAAGUAUCACCUGGUGUGUUACUCCCAUCUGUAGAGAGACGUGGAGCAUGCUCACAGACUGCUGCAGGGGAACAUGACAGUGGCUUUUUGGAGAAAUCCAGCAAUUCACAGCUGAAGGCUCCCAAAUCUGCUUUGGAGACGAAUGAAACCUCUCCUAAAAAUAGGCAGCAGAAAUCAGAUCUGUUGCAGGAAUUUGAUUUAGAAGAUGCUGAGGAUAUUGAAGGUGAGUACUCAGGAUCUACCUUUCAUAUGUCAUCAUCAGCUGAAAAAGAAAAUGUCAAGGAUGCCAUUGAAAACUAUGAGAUGUGGGAUAAAUAUAUUUUAGAAACUACCAACUUGAUAGAAAAAACAGCAAAUGAAAAUCAGACUGACAGAGCAGAAAGUUCACAUCAGGAAGCUGUAGCAGAAAAUGAGGAAUCGCACAGUGCUGUCAAGCAGUUAAAUCUAAAACCUUGGGAAGAAAGAUAUGAAAGAAUGUGGGUUGAAAAUGAGAAAAGGGAAUUGAAAACAAAUUUUAAAAGCAUUACAGCAAAGCUGAAGCAGUUGUUUGGUGAAAUAAAUGAAACUGAGAAAAUGACUUCCCUUGUGGAAGAAAUGCAUGAAGAUGGCUUUGGUGAAGCACUGAAGAAUCACUGCAUUAUUUCAUCUCAUGUGACAGAAUCAAGUAAAAUGUUAGAAAGCAAAUGUGAAUUUGGAGAUACAUGUAUGCUAGGUGGAAAAGUACCCAAAAUGGAAAUUGUAAUUCCAAGUCUUAGUGUGCUUCCUGAUGGAAAUAGCUUAAAUGCAAAUGUGGAAGACACCUGGAGUACAGAUGAAGAAGAUGGCACAAACAAUACAGAUAACAGAAAGGUGUCUCUAGCAAAAGAAGAGGAAAAGAAAAUGCCUACUAUGGGAACAGAAGAGAAUGAUAAUGGAAGUAGUAAAAAUGCAGAGGAAGGUCCUGCUGACUCCCUGAGAUACAGCUUCAAAUCAAGUAUUUUGAGUGACACUUCUAAUAUUCUUCCUAAAAUAAGACCUGUUUCUACAAGUGGUGAAAAUUCACUUUUUGUAAGAGAAAGGAAACUUGAAAAAUAUUCUGGAUUUAAUGAUGAUGUCUCCAGGAACUGCCUUAUCAACAGUAAUAAAAUAGGAGAAACAGAAAUUGAAAGUCUUUUUGAAAAUGCUCAGCAAUCAUGUGGCAUCCUGGAAAGGAAUCUUGAUGAAGAAUUAAAACAAGAUAUGGAAAGAUUUAAGAGUAAGGUAGGAAUGCUGCAAAUAGUAUUCCUGGCUUUGGAGAAGGAGAAGGUACAGCUGCAAAAAGAGGUUGAGAAGGAAAAAAGCAAACAAAGAGGUUUCAAAAUUCCGAUGGCAAAACAGAAUGAUGUUGAUAAAUUAAACAUACCACCAGGUAACAUUACUAAUCAGCAAACGAAAGAAAACCUUACUCUAAACAAGGAUGAGUGUUUGAAAAUGGAGAAUGACAACAUUAAAGACGAAAAAGACAAAAAAUAUUUUUCACCUGAGGAGAGGUCAGAAUUGAACAAAAUGCCAAUGAAAGGUGAAUUUUCCCUGAAUGCCAAAGGUGCAAAGAAAAAUAAAAGACAGACUUCAAAGCAGAAGGCUAAUCAGCAGAUGAGCUCUUCCAGUGGGAAUAAUUUUCAAGUACUGGAUGAUAGCACUUUCAGUGAAACUUCUCAAGAUGAAGGAAGACCUGCAGAAAAAACAGGGACGGAAAAAAACAAGGUCAGCAUGCAAAUGGAUGUAACGGAUGACCUUGAUUUAACUCAUUCAUCUGACACAACUUCAGAGGAUGUUGAAUUACCAACUUCCACUUACAAAGAGGCUAUGUUGCUGUUAGAACAGCUUAGUGUGGAUCAUACAGGUUCUGCUAUUUUACUGAAAAUUCAAAACAUACUACUUAAAUAUGAACAAAUAAUAGAACGUGAAAAAAAUCGGUAUACAGCUGUCUGGAGAGAAGUAAGAAAAUUGGAAAGUGAAAAGGAGGAGUCACAAUUAAUAUCAGAAGAGACUCAAGAUUUAAAAUCCAUACUGGCUCGCCAAGAAGUGGAAUGGAAAAGUGAUAUCCAAAGCCUUAAAUUUACUUUGAAACAAGAAGAGGAAAAGAGGCUCAGAGUAGAAACACUAUAUGAGCAAACAAGAGAAAAACUCAGAAGGAAAGAAGAACAGUAUUGUAAGGAGAUGGACCAGAAACAGCAACUUGAGUUACAAUCAAGGAAUUUAGAAAUGGAGUUAAUAACACUGAGAAAGCUCAUGAAACAGGUUGAAGAAGAGCGUGAUGAAACAGAGAGACAGCUCUCUCAGGAAAGGAGUGCCAGAGCCCUGCAAGAAGGCAUUUUGAACAACCACCUUUGGAGACAAAAGGAACUAGAAGAAGAGACAAGAAGAACUAUAGGAAAAAGUUCAGAUGAAUCUGACACUGAGAGAGAAAAGGAUCUGUUGUAUAAAAAUCAGUUACUGCAAGAUGAGAUUGCUAAGCUAAGACUAGAACUUGAUCAAAUAAGACUUAGGCAUCAGGAAGAAGAAGGAAAAUAUUUAGAGGAAAAUGAGACCUUGAAAGAAAAAAAUGAAGAUCUCAAAAAGGAACUUAAACUGAAUGAGGAAGCUUUAACACAAACAGUUUUUCAGUACAAUGGACAGCUGAAUUUACUAAAGACAGAGUCUGCGAUGCUAACUUCCAAACUUGAGCAGACAAAAGAAAGCAAAGACAGACUCGAGACAGAAAUCGAAUCGUUUCGUUCACGUCUGAUCACUACUGUUCAAGAACUUGAACGUCAUCAGUCAUCACACAGUGAUGUUGAACGAACAUUUCAGAGAGAACGUGAUGAAUGGCUUCGCUUGCAAGACAAGCUACAUCAUGACCUCUCUGAUGUGCGAGAAACCAACAAGAGCUUGUCUCAGCAGCUGAGUAAAGCUGAAAGCAAAGCUAAUAGUCUACAAAAUGAGCUUCACCACUUGAAACAAACGCUCAGAGAAAAAACAUUGCAUUUAGAAAUGACACAAAAAGAAUUAGGUCAAGCCCAGUGUCAGGCAAAGGAAUACGAUCAUGCUCGACAACUUGAGAAAGAUCAAGUAAGCAAACUUAUAAUAAAGCAGGAAUCCAUGCAGGAGCGAUUAGCCCAGCUCCAGAGUGAAAACCUUCUGCUACGUCAGCAACUGGAAGACUUGCAGAACAAGGGGAUCAUCAAAGAAAAAGUAGUGAAUGAUGUGCAGGAUCGGUUUAAUGAUAUUUUCAACAAACUUAGAGCUGAUACUGAAAAGCAAGUUUACCUAGUGGAAGAGAGAAACAAGGAAUUAAAUGCCAAGUGUACCGAUUUAAGAGAGCAAGUCUUCAAGUAUGAGGCGGACAAAAUAGAGAGAGAGGGGGUGGUCAGACAGCUGCAGCAGGAGCUUGCUGAUGCUCUUAAGAAGCAGUCUAUGUCAGAAGCUUCCCUUGAAGUUACUACACGCUACCGCAGUGACCUGGAGGAAGAUAAGCUGCGCUUACAGAAGGAAUUGGAAAAGGUUAAAGUCAAGUUGCGGGAGGUGGAAGAAAAGCAUCUUCAGUCUGAGCAUUGUGUUCGUGACUUGAAGACUACCUUAGAUGAUAAGGAAAGAGAAGCAAUAGCUUCCUUCCAGAAACUGCAGGACCUCCUCUUGGCAUCUUCAGAGACAAAUACUACUAUAAAACAACUGGAAGAACAUGUGCAACACCUUGAAAUUGAAAAUACCAGAUUGGAAGCCACAGUCCAGCAACAAAGCAAUAGGAUUGAAGCCCUUCAGAGAGACCUGCAAGCCUCUGCCUCAGUUCAUAACCGGCUGGAAGAAUUGAUAACUGGAUUACGGACAGCACAGGUAGCUGCAGAGGACCACCACAAGCAGGUGCAAAAGCAAAAUGCACUGGCUCUGACAUCAAACGACUUGCAGAGCAUGUGGGAAGAGCAAUUUAAGUCAAGAUCCAGCCUCGAGGAGCGUGUUGCUCAGCUUGACAGGGAAAAGGCAGAACUCUUUGAACAAUGUGAGAGUGAAAGAAAGAAAGUGAAGAAACUGGAAGGGUUGCAACGCCCAGUUGAACUGCGUCUGGACCAAGAAAUGAAAAGAAACUUAGAACUU